AUGCACCACACGUCGGCCACGCCGCUCAUGUUCCUGCCACCAACGCCGCUCCGUCGCCGUCGUCUCCUUGGGCACCGGGCCUCCCUCCUUCAUUGCCUCUACAAGAGCAAAGCUAUAGGCCCACCACCACCAUCAUCCACCCACAGGGACGGCUCCGUGGUGCUCCAAGCGGACCUCAACGCCACGCAGGCCACGCUCGUCGCUGGCCGUGUCAACCUUGUGGACCUCCACGCCCACGUCCGCACCGCCAACGAGCUCCUCCAGACACUCCUCCAAGCCAUGGAGGACCACGGUGGUCGGGACCUCCUUAUGACGCCUGACUGCGGAUGGAAGCGCAAGCCCACCACCGAGCUCAGCCGGUCGUCGCCCUUUGCAUCGCAAGGUGGCCGGGCUGCGCGCGGGAGAGGUGUUUCGGUGGGGUACCCGCGCCGCUGCCGCUGCCCCGAGCCUCGGACCACGCUGCCGGACACCACCAUCGUGUGGAACGCGUACGCAUGCAAGAACUACUUGUGCCUCGUGGCCGCCGCCCACGGCGGUGGCAUCAGUGGCUGCAACGACGGAUGCUUCGACCCGCUUCGUGGGUGGGGGAAUAAGAAUAAGGCCAACAGAUGGGCGCGCGAUGACGACGCGCUGUCCUACUCCAUCGAUGCCGUGCUCCGUGCGCGGCCCAACGGCACGGUACGCAUCGGCCUGGACCUCGGCGGCGGCUCCCCCUCCGGCACGUUCACGGCGUGGAUGCUGGAGCGCGCGCGGGUCACCGUGCUCACCGCGGCCAUCAACUCCGGCGCGCCGUUCGACAGCUUCGUCGUGUCGCGCGGCUUGGGGCCGCUGCACGUCACCGCCGCGCAUCGGCUGCCCCUGUUCGACGGUACCAUGGACAUCGUGCACGCCGGGCAUGACCUCGGCGGAGGGUGCUCGAGCCGGGGCUUGUUCGGCUGGACCACUUUGUCUCAAGGCCACAGACAAUUGAACGCGAUGUUCACGCCGAUGAUUGAUCGCGUCGGGUUCAGGAAGCUGUGUGGAACACCGGCAGGGGAAAGGAGAAGGAGAAGUGAAAAAUGCAAUACAUUACGUGUCAGCUUCCUUUUGGUUGAUAAUUGUCUAAGACCAAAAAGAAAUUUAGCGAAUUACGGUGUCUAA